UCUUGCGUCUGACCACCUCUCUCUCCCCCCAGGAUGCCAGCUGCUAGCACCAUGACAGCAGCAUUGCUGCUCUGCACCAACACUGACAACUGCAUCUACCAAUCAGUCAACGGGCUCCAGUGCUGUGGAUUGAAGGUAGGGGAGGCUCCUCCCUUGUCUCCCCGCCGACCUGACGCGCCCCGGGACUCCUGUCCCUGGGAAUCUGCCCCCAAGCGCCCCCUCUCGCCCCUGCCCAGCCUGGCCGACGGCCUGGCUCCAUCCCCAGGCACCAUGCUGGCCCACAAGAGAGCCACCACGGCCGACCCCCGCUCCCCAGCCACGGAGAACGGCCUGGGGGGCUCCGCCAAGCUCACCAGGACCCCCGCAGCCCUGAAGACCUCCGCCAGCAUCCGGGACAAGAUCUCCCAGUGGGAGGGCAAGAAGCAGGAGCCUCCUGCCCUGGCCACGGAGCCGUCCCCCCUGACCCCUGGACAGAGGGACGCGGAGACGGUGAGGAGGAAGGAGAAGACCUCGGAGGUCCAGAGGACAGACAGUAAGAGGUUCACGGGCUGGGAGAGGCAGGAUUCUGGGAAGGAGAACUCAGGAAAGCUGGGGGAUUUGAGGCCCAAGUCCCCAGAAGGCCCCUCCAGGGAGAGAGAGUUGAUCCUGGAGAGAGGUCCUCGUGGAAAACUCACAGAGACCCCUCAGGAUAAGAAGUCAGUUUUGACUCACAUUAAGAAACUGGAGCAGGCGAUGAAGGAGGGCCCUUCCAAGCCUUCCCUGGUGUUGCCUGGCAACUACUUCAGCCCUCCGUCGAAGGAGGAGCAGGAGGAGGCCGAGGGGAGGGCCAACGAGCCCAUCUUCGGGACUCUGGACGUGGUCCGGCCCGCGGGCACUCGUAGGAGGCGCAGGGAGGGCGAGGACCCCGAGAACGUGUACACUGAACCGGGCGUUCCCUCCAUCAACCCUCUACCAAAGCCCCAGCGCACCUUCCAGCACCACACCCCGCCCGGCGCCCCUGCCCCUGCCUCGAGCCUGGGCCUGGGGAAGGGACGGCGGAACCUGCCCCCUCUGCCCUCCAUCCCCCCUCCCCCUCUGCCCACCUGCCCACCUCCAGGGGGGUGCAGGAGGCCCAGAGCGGACAGGAACAGAGACAGCAACAACAGGAAGUCGUACGAGUUUGAAGACCUGCAGCAAUCGUCGUCGGAAGGCUGCAGGGUGGACUGGUACGCCCAGUCGCGUCUGGGCCUCGCACGCACGCUCUCAGAGGAGAACGUCUACGAGGACAUCCUAGACCCUCCGUCGAAGGAGAACCCGUAUGAAGACAUAGAGUUCGAGAGAAGUUGCCUUGGAAACAAGUGCGUUUCGCUCCAGCCCCCCGCUGCCGACACGCCAACAAAGCUCUCCUGUAAACCAGGCUUCUUCAGGCAGAACUCAGAGCGUCGCAGCUUCAAGCUUCUGGAGCUGCGUAAGACUAACCGCGACGCGGGCGUGUCCUCGCCGUCCCGGACCAGCCCCCCCUCCACGCCGAGCAGCCCCGACGACACGCCCUGCCUCUCAGGAGACCCCUGCAACCGCCGCCGCCGCAAGAUCCCCAAGAUGGUGCUGAAGAUCAACGGCAUGUUCGAGGCCAGAAGAGGGAAGAAGAGGAUGAAGAGGGUGUCCCAGUCCACCGAGGCCAGCUCAGGGAGGGUGACGGAUGACAACAGUGAGUCUGAGAGCGACACAGAGGAGAAACUGAAAGCCCACAGCCUGCGCCUGGUAUCAGUCCAGUCCAUGUUGAGGCAGACAGGUCGGUUCCGGACGCUGGACCGAGACCUGCUGGAUGUGCAGGAGAGGAAGCUGUUUGAGUACUUCAUAGUGGUGGCCCUCCACAAGCCCAAGGCUGGGGCCCCCUACCUGCCGGAGGUCACACAACAGUUCCCCUUGAAGCUGGAGAGGAGCUUCAAGUUCAUGCGCGAGGCCGAGGACCAGCUAAAGGUCAUCCCUCAGUUCUGCUUCCCUGACGCCAAAGACUGGGCUCCCGUCGACAGCUUCCCCAGCGAGACGUUCUCCUUCGUCCUGACCGGGGAGGAUGGAAGCAGGAGGUUCGGCUACUGUCGCCGUUUGCUGCCCAGUGGGAAGGGCCGGAGGCUGCCAGAGGUGUACUGUAUCAUCAGCCGGCUGGGCUGCUUCGAGCUCUUCUCAAAGAUCCUGGACGAGGUGGAGAAGAGGAGGGCCAUCUCCCCAGCCCUGGUCCAGCCCUUCAUGAGAGGCAUCAUGGAGGCUCCCUUCCCUGCUCCUGGAAGGACCAUCACUGUGAAGAACUUCCUGCCUGGCUCUGGGACUGAGGUGAUCCAGCUGUGCCGUCCCUCUGACUCUCGUCUGGAGCACGUGGACUUGGAGUGUCUGUUUUCCUCCCUCAGUCUGCGUCUGCUCCUGCAGGUGUUCGCCUCUCUGCUGCUGGAGCGCAGGGUCAUCUUCACCGCCGACAAGCUCAGUACCCUGUCUCAGUGCUGUCAUGCGGUGGUGGCUCUGCUCUACCCCUUCACCUGGCAGCACACCUACAUCCCCGUGCUUCCCCUCUCCAUGCUGGACAUCGUGUGCACCCCCACCCCCUUCAUCGUGGGGCUGCUGUCCAGCUCCCUGCCCCGGCUCAAAGACCUGCCUAUUGAAGAGGUCCUGGUGGUCGACCUCGGCAACAGCCGCUUCCUGCGACAGCUGGAUGACGAGGACUCGAUCCUGCCCCACAAACUGCAGGCGGCUCUGGAGCACGUCCUGGAUAAGAGGAAGGAGCUGGCCAGUGAGAAAGGAGACUUACCCAACGACUCCUGCUGUCUGAGCACGGUGGUGUCGGAGGCCUUCGUCCGCUUCUUCGUGGAGAUGGUGGGCCACUACCCCCUGUUCCUGGGCGGGGGGGAGCGGGACGAAGACUCCUCCCCCUCCUCCCCCUCCUCGCCCUUGCCCUCGUCCUCCUUCCAGCGAGAGCCCUUCCGUAAAGCCGUCACCUCCAAAAGCCUGCGUCGGUUCCUGGAGGUCUUCAUGGAGACACAGAUGUUUAUCGGCUUCAUCCAGGAGAGGGAGCAGCGUAAGCUGGGACUCAGAGGUCUGUUCGAGGUGCGCGCUCAAGACUACCUGGACUCCUUACCUGGGAGUGAGCAACGAGGAGUCAACAAGUUCCUCAAGGGUCUAGGAAAUAAAAUGAAAUUCCUGUCCAAGAAAUAAAACCCCUGGAUCAAAAUAGGACCGAACGUGUGGAGAAAGACAUUGAAGAGAGAGAGACAGACUCUUAGGAUGGAAUCACAAACCCAAACCCACUGCGUGAACACGGGGAGAUGUUCAGGAGCUUCUGUCAAAGACGGAGCCCUCAAAGUAACAAACAGAUGAAGUGGCUCAGUAGAGGAAUGACAUUGGCAGAACAUGGACCGAAAAUUACGUUUUAUUGUUGUCAAGACUCACACAGCUCCUGCAUGGACUCUGAGCUUCAACAAGUCGAACCCUUCCUGUGUCUGUCCAUAACCUCGAUCCUAUGAAGAGCUUGCUUUUGUAAAGCUUAGUCAAUACAGAUACUAUUAUCUAAGUGUACAUUCAUGUAUAGCAUAGAUCCUGCUUUAGGGUGUAGUGUAGAUUUCCUUCUGUAUCUCUGUCACUCACAAAUGACGCGUGAAAGUGAAAUGAGUUAGUGAGGACUUUAUUGAAGAUGUCUUGUGGACAAUGGUAAAUUCCACUUGUAAAGUAUGUUAUACAUUCCAGGUAUUUCUAUUGUCUUAUUUUGUAAAACUUCUUUGUAAAGAGGUUUUGACGUUAAUUUAUAUACUUGUUAGACAAACAGCUCCUCCUUUUGUUUCUUUAGAUGAAAACAAAAAAAAAGAAAAUAAAAAUUUAUUGUAGUUUGUUAAGGGCUUUAUUUAUGGAAGUCUAGUUCAAACUAGAAUUGUAGACCAUUUUGGGUUCAUAAGGAUGUGUACCACUGAUGUGUGUAUUGUACCACUGUGAUAGGAUGAGGAGAAUCUGAUAUUUGAUUGGAAGAUGAAGGAACAGUCAGAGGACGCUCACCAUUUUCGGAUGAGAACGAUUUAAAUGAGGAUUUGAUGUAUUGGUUUAAGGAUAACAUGGAUGUUUAUGGAAGGAAAAUCAAUGUAAUCUAAACUUUGAAAACACCACUUGUCUAAACUUGAUUGAAAUUGCAAUGAAACUGUAUAAAAUAAAGUGAUUUUUGAUGAAGG